AUGCGUCAAAAGAGACCGGUAGUUGUGGUUCACGACAGGAACAGAAAGCAGAUCGUCAAAUCGAGCACGUCCUCCGUGAUUCAAAGUCCAUAUUUUCUGAAUAACGCACCGUACGACGACCAAAAGCAGACCACGGUCAUGACGGAUGAGGAAAGAAGGAAAUUGACCGCGGCGAGUGAAGAGUCAGAGAGAUCUUGCAUUCACACGUUCCCGGAUAAACCGGACGAGUCUUCUGGUUCUAAUAUGCAUUCACCGGAUGCACUGGAAGCGUCGUUCUUGCAAUUAACAGAAUACGGUCCCGGUCAGGACGAAAAGCAGACUAUUCGUUCAGCCCCAGAUUUGAUUGAUCCCAAAGAUUCAUGCGCCAUCCCGUUGACUUUCAUCAGCAAGCGUGAUCAAUACGAGUGCUACAAACACCCAUUUGAUGACCCAGCGUGUACCAACGCAUGCUCAUCAAUCAACUCUCCACCGAACACCUUUCUAAGUGCUGUGUCGUGCACGCAUGACUUGGAGAAACCGAUCAGCAGUAAUAGUGCGUUCGAAGGAAGUUACGUUCUUACCUCGCAACCACUCUAUGACCAUAUCAAGCGAUUCACCAGCUCGGAACUUCAUCCCGUGAAGGUCUCAAUCCAACAGUCGGAAUCAGCACCAGUAAGUGAGGUACAGGCAGUCGUACCGGCAGACCAUUUGGUUGCGUUUCCCGCCGUAAACUACAGUGGCGUUGGGCAACACCUGUUACUUGCAGCCACUCCAGCCCACGGAUCACCAUUUUCAACAAUGAAUCAACUGAGACUGGUCAAUAUUGUCGUUGAUCCGGAGCAGAUGUUCCCGCAGGAAGUGAUUGGUCUCUUGAGUGGUGAAGAAAACUACCCUGAUUCCGGUGCCAUGUGA